UAAUUCACCCCCAAAAAGAAAUAUUUGAAAACCGCAUACUCUCAGGGUGGGACUCUAUAGCUAUAUAUAAGGGUGAUCUAGCCGUUUUGGUAUGUGUCUCAAGAUCAUCAGAUCACCAGUUUACGUGUAUACAAAUACAUAAGAAAAAAUCCUAUAUAGACUAAAUCAUUAAGUAUCAGCAGACAAACAAGAAAUGGCGUCACCAGAGGCACUUCAUGGAAGGCUGCAGAAGGAUAUCGACCUGAAAUCGAGUGCAGACCAGUACUACAGGAUGUGGAGGAAAGAGUCCCACAAGAUCCCCACGGCUACAACACAGAACAUCCAGGCAGUUGCUCUUCACGAAGGUGACUGGCACGACCAUGGAGCUAUCAAGAUCUGGAACUACACCGUUGAAGGAAAAUCAGGAACGUUCAAGGAGAAGGUGGAGUUUGAUGAUGCGAACAUGACUUUCACCCUUCAUGGCAUUGAGGGAGAUGUUUAUGACGAGUACAAGGUGUACAGGCCCAUAUGCAAGGUUGUCCCGAAAAGCAAGGGCUCCGUCGCGAAGUUAGCCCUAGAGUAUGAGAGGGUGAACGAGGAUACACCGAUUCCCAACAAGUACAUGGACUUCUUUGUAAGCAUGACUCAGGAUAUCGAUGCCCAUGCCUACGCAGCAUCAACAUGAGAGAGGAGGGUGAAUCAGCUUCAAAAUCUGUGUUUUAUGUGGUUGUAAUGUUCUCUAUAUUGCUGGAAAAGUAUGACGUUGUACUAUGAACAUAUUGUGUCUAUGAUGUUUUUCUGCCUACCUUGUAUCUGCUGUAAGUACCUCGACGGAGUGUAUCAGCACUAUUGUAAAAUAACUGAAAGCUCUCUAUGGCAGCUUUCUAUGCACUUGCAUGAAUAAAAAAUGCAUGAAAGUUCGUUGCUCGUA